GCCCGCCACGCACAAUCUGUUACUUUCACGCGAGCAGUGCACAUUUUGAGCAAAAAUGUACAGGCUCAUAUUUGUCUUUGUUAUCGCGAUGGUCGCGUGUCAGCAACAUGAAGGAGCCAAACGCGUACCCAAGUACGCUGGUGAUCCGAGAACGGCCGCCAUCGUUCAAGAAGCGCGGUAUCUCAGUGGAAACGGUGCUUUCGGCUCGGCAUACCAACAGGAAGAUGGAAUUAACUUCAAAGAAGAGACUGACGCUGAUGGUAACCGCAGAGGCAGUUACUCCUACAUCGACCCCACUGGACAAAAGAAGACGGUGAACUACAUUGCCGGCAAGAACGGUUUCCAAGCUGUCGGCGACCACAUCCCAACAGCACCAUUAGGAGCGGCACCUACACCUGGAUAUACCCCAGACCCUCGUUACCAGGCACCUGAAUACCAAUCUAACCAAUACAGUGCUCCUCAGCAGCAACAGUACUCAGCGCCACAGAAAUACUCGGCCCCCCGUAGCUACAACGCACAGCCAAGUGUUGAUGACGGUCAGUACCACCCUGAGUUAUACGAACAAGGGAACAACGCCGCGCCCCAGCAACAGUACCAGGCACAACAGUAUCAGGCAGAGCCUCAAUACCAGCCUCAAUCUCAAUCUCAAUUCCCCGUGAACAACAUAUACCCUGGAACACAGCAAGCACAGUACAGCGGUGUACAAUCGCAGCAGUACAACGCACCGCAACAAAGGGAACAGUACUAUGAACCUACAACCCCCGCUCCAACAAGAUUCUUCCCCCCAGGCAAGUUCAGUCUAAACAGAGCACCUGACGGAUACACUUACUCAUUCCACAAAGUUUAAAUAUAAUCGUCGGCAAGAAUGAGAGGUAGAAAAAGAACAUCGAGGGUUCCCCCCAAGCAUUUCUUCAUUGUUGUUUGUUGUGAUAAUGUGAUGGACGUUUUGUUGUUGUUGAAGGUUCCAUCGAAAUGCUUAAUUACAAUUUGUAAAUAAAUGUAGCUAUACCGAAAUUAUAUUUAAAUGAAUUCCUAGCUAAUGAAUUUACUGUACUGCGGUAAAUAUUUAAUUUACUGUUCUUUGCGUAAUGUGCUCUGUUUUAUCGCUUAAAGUUGGACGCAAGUAUCUGACCUAGUCCACGUUAAUAAAGAUAUAAUCACAUA